UGUCCCAGAUGAGUUCCUCCAAUGGGAGAGACUACUGGUUGGUGGCAGGGUGCUUGUCCUUUGCCUGUGAUUUGGGAGCCUGCUAGAGGGAUUUGUGAUUGGAAAUGAUCAAGGCAUGGAGUUGUCAAGCAGUCUGCGUACAGAGAGAACACACUGUCUCAUUGAAGAUCCACAAUCUGGGAGACUGUACAAGAGAGGGAAGCUCCUUGGGAAGGGUGCUUUUGGGAGGUGCUACAAAUGCACAGAUGUGUCCAGCAGGCAAGUGUUCGCAGUGAAGAUGAUCUCGCACACAAGGAAAUUUGUGAUACAGCAAAGAGGAGGGGUUGAAAAAGAGAUUGAACUACACAGCCAGUUGAAACAUAGAAACAUUGUGAGGUUUUAUCACCAUUUUCAAGACCAGAAAUAUAUGUACCUGGUACUGGAGUACUGCAGACACAAGUCUCUUGCUCACAUCUUAAGGGUACGUAAACUGCUGACAGAGCCAGAGGUGCGGUACUACAUGAAGCAGAUAUUGCAAGGAGUACAGUUCUUGCACCAGCAAGGCAUUAUCCACAGGGACCUGAAACUGAGUAAUUUUUUCAUUGCCAAGAACAUGGUUGUAAAAAUUGGGGACCUGGGACUGGCGACAACUGUGGAGCACUGUGAAAAAAUCCCAGGCGUCAUAUGUGGCACCCCAAACUACCUAUCUCCAGAAGUUCUAGCCAAGGAUGGUCACUCUUUCAAAUCAGACAUCUGGGCUCUCGGAUGUAUAAUGUACACAAUGCUGUGUGGAUAUUCCCCUUUCAGAGCCCAGUCACAGAAAGAGAUGUAUUACUUCAUCCGAGAGGGCUUCUUUCCUGUACCCUCUUACAUAUCACCAUGUGGCAGAAGACUAAUCAUCUCCUUACUUGCCAGCUGCCCCACUAACAGGCCAUGUAUAGAGGACAUCCUGGCCCAUGAUUUCUUCACCCAGGAAAUCAUACCCGAGAAGCUGUCAUCUACCACCUGCCACACAGCUCCCACCCUGUCGCUUUCCAUCCACCUCACCAGAUUCUUCAGAAAGGCAGCUAAAGUUUUAUAUAGAGGAGUAUUCCACAAAUCCUUUUGCACAGAUUUUUCAGAAGCAGGAGGACCUAAUAGCUCGAUGAUUGCUCCAACGCAGAGUACGAUGUCGCUCAGCACAGAUAAGAUGUGUGAGGGAGAAAAAAAAGGAGAUGUUACAAGACCUUGUCAUGAAUCUUUGAACAUUCUCAUGAAAGGAAGAAUGAGCCACAGGAGCAGGUCGGCCUCCCAGAUGCAGACAGAGACCAUCAGGGAAAAAGUGAUGGAGAAUGUCGCAGUUAUAUUAGAGAACUGUCUCUGCAACAUCAUACCAGGUGACUUGGAUCCCAGAGAUCAGGUGACGUGCCCUAUUCUGUGGGUGACCAAGUGGGUGGAUUACUCAAAUAAAUAUGGCUUUGGUUACCAACUGUCAGACAACUGUACCGGAGUCCUUCUGAGUGACGGAACACACACGAUUCUCUCCCCCUAUUUGCAGAAAGUUUGUUACUCUACUAGCUCAUACGAGCACAUUACAUUCCCUGAAUGGAGUCCACCCUGCAAGUUGGAUGUAAAGAUGAAGAUACUGAGGUUCUUCUCAGAGUACAUGCAGGAAAAUAUCUUGGAGGGUGGAGAUCUCCGUGCAGCACCGAGCCCCAACGUCAGGACCUUGUGCCUCCUGCACUUCCUGAAGACAGACCAGGCCAUGCUAAUGUUGUUCAGUAACAAGACAUUACAGGUGAAUUUUUACCAUGACCGCACAAAGAUCAUCUUAAGCAGAGGACAGCAGUGUUACCUACUGAGUUUCAUUGACCAAGACAGACAGAGCUGUACAGUGCCACUAUUAGCACUGCAAAACAGUUGUCCUCCACUCAUAAUUCAGCGACUGGAAUAUGCCCUGAAAAUGCUGCAAAGCCUGCAAUGUGAUUAACCAAUCCACAGAGAGAACAGAGUUGUGACAUAGGAAACACACAUUUCUAACAGGUUUAGUUACAAUGAUAUGGUAACCACUGAAAAGGAACAAGGCAUGUUAUGAAUUGUGGGCACAUGUAAGUGAAUGUAGCAGUUGAACAGAUUAUUACCUAUAGGGAAGUAGUGAUAAAACAUUUCAUUAGUGGGAACGAGGCAGUAAACCAGGGCAGGUUCUGAGCCAGAUACUGUAGCUGUCAGGGUACAGUUAUGUCAGCCUGAUAGUAGUGAGAAGAGACGCAGCACAGUCUGGUACUAUGGAGGUUUAAAUUUACUUCAAAUGAGAAAUAUAAAGGUUCUGGAGUACAAUGUAGCAAAUCAGAUUUCACACUGGAUUAAUGUUCUACUUUAUACCAAAGAGAUCUUUUGUAAUCAAUAAAAGUCAUUAACGAGAAUGCAAAA